GGACCAUGAUCGGCCCCCCGCGCUUCUCCACAUAUUUCCCCGCAAUAUGUUGGCACGGAGUACGGAGUAGUUAGCUCUGGUCCUGAUUUCGUUGAUUAAAAGGCAUCAACCAUGCGCCGGGGAGUCGGUUGAACUCGUUUUCCUUCUUACCUGACCAGGUUCUUCCGCCCCGGCAGCCGAAGCUGCGACCACAUCAGCAUGUCCAUCUUCCACCGUCUGUGUUGAAACCCCGUUCGUCUACACCUGGCAUAAUGACCGUUUGUGGAGGCAGCAAAAGAAAGAGAAGCGGCCGCGCAUGCGAUCGGUGUCAUCGGAACGCCUGCAGAUGUUCGCCCGGAGUCGAAGGAACGGUUUGCGCUCGUUGCAAAGAUCAAGGAUUGGAGUGUACAUACGACAGGCCGGUUAAGCGACGAGGGCCCAAUCCGGCCCGGCGAGUCGCACGAGAGAGCGAUGCUUCUUCUCCGGUGCCUUCGACCCAGCCUGCUCCACGACAGCCCACCGUCGCAAUGGAGGAUACGGCGGGGAUACCAGCCCCUGCCCCGACCGGGGCUUCACCGAUCCAAGUGAGUCCCGUUGACGGCAGUGAGGCCGGCCUCUCUACGCAGCUCUCGUCAAUUUACUCCGCAUACGAAGGUGUGAUCCCACCCGACACCAUUGAAGCCCUCGUGGAUGUCUUUUAUCAUACCAUAUACCCCAUUCGACCCUACUUCCACUGGCCUACUUUCCGCGCCCAGAUUUCUAACCAGCUCUACCGGUCGGACUGGGGCGUUUUUGUUGUUACAAUGGCCGUCUGUGCCCUUACAGCCGGGCGACUGUACAAUGGCAUACCGAGUACUCACAACCUGGAAGGCCUUCGUUCCGAUGCAGUGACAUUGUCUUCUACAUGCUAUUUUGCAGCAGUAAGAGCAAUGCCAAAAAACCUUACCGCCAUCACAGACUACUGCCAGGCGAUGAAAGCACAUGCGCUGCUAGCAUCGGUAUGUCUCCAAAACGGGGAUCUCAGAGGGCCCAUCACCCACCUUGGGGAUUACAGCUCGCUGUCCAUAUUGAAUGGGUUCUACACCGAAAGCAGAUGGCCUAAUAACUUAUCAGAAAUCGAGAAACAAGAACGGCGACGAUUGUUCUGGGCUGUAUACCAGCAAGAGCAAUACAUCGCCAGCAACUUCGGUCUACCUGCUAGGCAGAGCGAGGCAAAUCGAUCGGUUCGUUAUCCUGUUGAGGUAUUUGACGAUGAGGAUAUCACCGCCACCCAGAUCAACCUUCGUCAAGAUCAGAUUUCUUUUCUCCAAGGCUGGAAUUUCUGCAGCGAUCUAUAUCGCCUCCUAGAGCACAUCCGGGCCGCAAAACACAUGGAACAACAAGGGAAGACGAAGACGACGAAUGAAAGCAGCAGUGAGAUUGAGACAUUGAUUGCCGGUGUUCGACCCCCAAGGGAUUUCGCCUCGGAUAGUCUCCAUUUUAUAUCGAAGGCGCACAAGGACCUACCACCGGUGCUCAAAUCGGUCAAAACUUUGACAGGAGACCUGUCUACUGACCGCUAUAGCUUUGUUGCCGCCAACAUUCUCUUCACAACGCAGAACAUGAAAAUGCUUAUCGUCGAGAGCGAGCAGCCAAGCAUCAACCGCUGUUGCGAUAUUGCCAGCGAUUUACUCGAUGAACUCAGCGUCGUGCCCCUCGAGUUCUUCCAGACUGUCAGCACAAGCUCGCUUCACCACCUCUCCCACGUCGGCCAGCUGCUUAGCAGCACAAUUCGUAAACCGUUAUCAGCCUGGCGAUACAUCCAAGUCCACAACAUUCUCCUCCUUCUCGCCGACUUCCUCGAAAAGAUCGAGUCGUCCCGUUUACCCUCCGCUGGGCUGGCCAUCAAGUUGCGCACUCAGAUCAGCGCCAUGGAUAGCUAUAUGCAGCAGGUGUCACAGAAGAAUCAAGGGCCAGGGUUGCUCUCGAUCGGGCAGACGUUGCUCCUUGGAGCCCCAGAUGCCAGUGCCGCAGAAGGUAUUAGGUUACCAAGUACGACCUCCCCAUCUCGGUCUGUGGAUAGUGCUAGGGAUUUACAAGAGCCCAGAGAUUCGCCGAAUGUCUCCUCGCGGUUGGAUCAGGUACCUAGGCUGGUGACUGCCAGCCAAGGCACAUCAGAAAACAAUCACCAACCACAAGUACACCGACUUGGAGCGCAUUCAUCGCAGCAGAAAGGCCAACUGCAUGCGAGCACUCGUCUACCUGAGUCCCUAGCUGCCACGCAAGAGUCUGAGCCGAGUCCUACCAAUGCGUUCACCUUUGCGCUUCAGACAGCGAACCUGAAUUCCCAGACGGAGUUUGACUUUGGGUCUGGGUUGGACGGCUCUCUUUUCCCCGACUUGUUCGCGGAGAGUUGGCCUGGUUUGUUGAAGUGAGAUUGCUCUUUCAAGUUAGCACGAGGGUAGCAAGCUGGAUAUAGGUAUUGUAGAAUAUAUUUGUCAAGAAUUCCAUGGCUCCAAUGCGCUUCACAUAUAGCCACUCGGAAGUAUUACCCGCGAGUGUAUCCGUUAUCCCGCUGACCGGCCGCUGGUCUCUUUCGUCUCGCGAUCAGUGACACAUUGACUGCUGUGUCUUAGCUCAGAAACAACUUUCAUCAGCGACCUUGACCAUACAUCAUGCCAAGGCCCGGCUGCACUCGCUAACCUGGGCGUUCGAGAUGAUGAUCACCGUGUGUCGGCACGGACGACACAGAUAUGUUACACCUCUAGAUAUAUCAAGUAGCGGGAGCAACGUACGACUUCUCUAUUGACCAUUAGAUAUGGAUAGCAGUAGC